UAUACUGUUCACCUCCCACUGUCAUUUGAGAGUUUACUCAGUAAAUUCUGUGCAAUAGUAUCGAAAUCAGGGAACAACAAUGUCAAUUGCACCGCCAAUAAAACCACCGCGUGGGAUAAAACCGACAAAAGAAACCAGUGGCCUCCUCAUCUCAGUAAUCCGUGCGCUCUCCGCCUCGGAAACGAACGAGCAACGAGAAGUAGAAAAAGCGAAGCUCGAGAAAGAGUACAAGCGCAGCGAUCAGCGCCUCGACGAGUUGGUCUCGCUCCACGACCAGGACCUCACCGAGGUAAUGAAAAUCUUCGGCAACCUCUCGGAACGAGUGACGACGUCCCGCGAGAAGAUCCACGCAGUGAAGGAAAACCUAAACGCCUGCAAGCAGCUCCUCCGCUGCCGUCGAGAGGAGCUGAUGAAGCUGUGGCUGGAAGGAGUGGAGCACAAGCACGUCCUGCAGCUGCUCAACGAGAUAGACCAGCUCCGAGAGGUCCCCUCGCGCCUCACCCACUACCUGAACAAGAAGCUCUACCUCCACGCAACGCAACUCCUGGUGUCAGCGCUGUCGAUGGGUGACGGCAGCCUGGAGGGAGUGGAAGCCCUCCGAGAGGUCCGCCUCGAGCUCGAAACGAAGAAGCAGCAGCUGCAGCAGAAGCUCCUGGAGGAGCUCUCCCGACACCUGUACCUCGAGACAACGCGGGAGGUCCUGCUGAGACGUCAGGGCUCAGGUCGAGACUUCCAGCGAGGAAACGAGAGCAGAGGCUCCAGAGGAAAUAAAGUAAAACGCUCCCUCCUGGAGGUGAACUACUCCCCCUCCUCCCGCUCAAACCUGAACCUGGAAGACCUGACCAACAUCACCGAGGACGAGAACUCCAACCCCGAAGACAACUCCGAGCACUUCAUAGCGAUAAUAAUCCAAUGUCUAGCAUUACUCAACAACAUCCCCGAGACCGUGGAAGCCAUAAAAGUCCAGAUGCAGUCAGAGCUCCUGAACAUCAUCUCACGAACCUCGGAGCAGAUAAAAAAGAGCUCACCCAAGACCCCUCCAAAGACAGGAGCAGAGCCUAAUGGAGUAAUCGAACCAACGAAUACUGACAACCCACUGGUGGAGCUCUUGCAGACAGUCUUCGAGCAGUUUCGCUCGGUAGCCUCUGCCCACGGGACAGCCCUCCGCAGCUUCUCCCACGUCUGCAAGAAGCACAACCUCGACGUUCGUCUGUACGAGAUGCCAGACGUCUGGAGUAAGAUCCAGGCAGUUCUGCAGCUCCUUCUAACCGACUUCCUCGACAUUCAGAACAUGUUGGAGGGUCCCUUCCAGUCGUCAGCGCUGACCGAAGGAACAGUGGACAUAAACACGUACUUCUCCAAGAAGAAGCCCCAGAAGCCCCUCCGGGGAUCCCUCUUCAAGUUCGAGUCGUCGUCGCACCCGAAGACCCUCAACAACUACCUGAAAGAUCAGAGAUACAGUAAUCUGGCCAGAGAGAGCAAUCUCUCGAGCCAGCGCCGGCUGGUCUGCGAGCCCGACCCCAAGAACAUCACGAUAAUCUUCCGGCCAAUGAUGCAGUUCAUCGAGGAGAUCGAGAGGGCUUUGGACUGCAAGCCGAACCCCUGCACUCUCAACAGCUUCAUCGCCGAUUACGUGAAAGAGGUCUUCCUCGGGCGUCACCACGUGAUGGUGGCGACCACUAUCGACGCUGCGACCAAGGGGUCCGACGCCUGGAGCGCCACGACGCCACCGGAGCUCAUGAAAGAGCUGGGACUCACCAGGCCCCUUUUACAGAGCACUGUGGAGGUCGAACGAUGCGUCUCUGAGCUGAGGUCCCUCAUGAUCUCGCUGCCACUUCAGGCCGAGCACUUCUGCACUCUAGCUCUGAACGUCCUGCACAACUACAGGGAGACGUGUCAGGGGGCGUACAGGGGGAUCAUCCAGCCUGACAGCGAGGACAAGAGGAUUUGCUCGGCUGCUUGGCUCAAGGACGACGACAUCAGCAGGUUCAUCAAGUCGCUGCCCAAUUGGGAUAACAUGAAGAGCGACGUCGGGAGGAAGGGGAGGGGGCGGUGGGCGAUGAGGAGGCAGGAGACGCAGGAGGAGGAGAGCCCUGAGGAGGUCAGGCAGAGGAAUCUCAGGGAGGCCGAGAUACUGGCGAGCACUCUGGGGGAGGGGGGGAUCAACUCCCACGAGAUUCUCUCGGAUGUUGGGCAGCUGAAGUGCCUGGCCCUCAUUCAGGAGAGUGUCGAGUGGUUCUCGUUGUCCAUCAGGUCGUUGGUCGCUGAGUUGAGUCAGGCCAAGGGCAGUGGGGAGCAGGUGGGGUUGCCCAGGGUUUCAGAUUCUCUGGUCGAGUCCUUGGAACAGGUCGCUGGGGAGUUUGAGGAACUGGCGAAUACCUGCACGCUGGUGCUGCAUCUGGAGGUGAGGGUCCAGUGCUUUUAUUAUUUGUUGCCCAGGGGGGAGUACAGUCAUCUCUGUGGCGGCGUUAAGGACCCCCAGGAGGCCGACCCUAGGGUCGAGGAGCUCAGCAGGGUUCUGCAGAAUAUCGAUGAGGCUCUGCAGUCGACUCUCCAGCAGAAGAAGAGCAAAUAUAUUUUUGAGGGCCUCGGCCAUCUCAUUGCGAAGAUCUUGAUCACCUCGGCGCAGUAUAUCGAGAGGAUUGAUAAGGGGGGCAUUCAGAGGAUGUGCAGGAAUGUUUUUACUCUGCAGCAGACUUUGACGAAUAUUACGAUGGCUAGGGAACUCGCGCUGGAUUAUGCGAGACAGUAUUUUGAGCUGUUUUAUGAGACCCCGGAGGAUAUUCUUAAUAAUGUGCUGGAGAAUGGGCCGCAGUUCUCGGAGCUGGAGUAUAUCAAUGCGUUUCAGCUGAUUUCGAGGAGCCGGGAGGGGUAUACGUCGGUGAGCAAACAUUUGGAGAAGCUCUCGGAGAUACUUGGGGAGGUUGGAGUUACUGUGUAGAGUUGUUUUUCUUUUUAUGGAGAGGGGACGUGCAGGGAGACUUGUAAUAUAUUUCGAAUGAAUUAUUGAAAUUCAGUUUUGAGGGCUUACCUCUGGACUUGUUGAAUACAGAAUAAAAUGGUGGAGACUGUCGAUGAAUCGGAAUAAAUGGACUUGUUGUGUUGUUU